AUGACGUGGAUCCUGAUCGUUGCUUUCAUAGCAGCCUUCCUUGUCUACCACCUCGCUAUUUCCACUUUGUUUAGCCCUCUUGCGCGAAUCCCCGGUCCAAAGUCUUUCGCGUUGACCAAAGUCAAAUUAGCCUAUGAGGACUACAAAGGAACUCGCACGCGCAAGAUCAAUGCUCUCCAUCAGCAAUAUGGACCCGUUGUGCGUAUCGGCCCUAGUGAGGUGACCUUCAACAGUACUACGGCUUUGCGUGCGAUCUACGGUGCGGGAAGUGGCUUUGAGCGAACCGGCUUCUACCACAUGUUUGAGGUCUAUGGCCGAAAAAACAUGUUUUCUUUCGCGACCGCGAAGCAGCACGGAGAAAGGAAGAAGCUCUUUGCCCACGCCUAUGCCAAAUCUGUGAUGCUCAAAGGACAAAAUGCAGAAAUGGUCGAGCAAAAGGUCAAGCUAUACAUGGACCUUUUGGAACGAGAUGGAGGGAAAAGCGAAAUAUUUUCUACCUUGCAUUAUUUCUCCCUGGACACGAUCACAGACUUCCUUUACGGAUCUUUCGGCAAGACUUCAUGUCUUGAGGGACUGGGGCAAGAUCGCGAGCUCAUUGGGGAUAUCAUCGAUACGGCCCGCCGCAAGCUGUCGUGGUAUGCAGUUCAUUUCCCUCACUUCACGGAAUGGCUUUACUCGCGAACCGGGUUUAGUGGCUGUAUUGCGAAAUGGUUGUAUCCCAUGCAACUUCCCACGACUUACAGCGGCAUCAGACUCCACGCGAUGAAAGCCACUCAGAAAUAUGCCAGUGCUUCUGCUAGCGCGAGAGCGAGCACAUCAGCCCUGAUUUCCAGACUGUGGAGCCACCACCAUUCCCAAAAGCCAAAUGGAAUCGACGAUCUCGAUAUUGCGUCGGAAUGUGCAGACCACCUUCUGGCAGGCAUUGACACCACCAGUGAUACACUGAUGUUCCUGAUUUGGGCACUUUCUCGACCAGAAAACAAGGAAUUCCAAGACAAGCUCAUCGAGGAAGUUUGUAGUAUCUCCGAAGACUCGCUCAAUUUGAAUGGCAUCCCCAAAGUAGAAAGCACCGACAAGCUCUCCUAUCUCGAUGCAAUUAUCAAAGAGACCCUUCGGCUCUACGCACCUCUCCCGGGAUCAGAGCCCCGUUCACUUCCCGCGGCAACCACAAUUGAUGGCUACACGAUCCCGCCCAAGACGGUGGUUUCUAUGGCCCCAUACUCGCUCCAUCGGAACCCUGAGGUUUUCACAAACCCCACGAGGUUCAACCCUGAUCGCUGGUUGGAUCCUUCUGAAAACUUGGCAGAUAUGAAGAAAUGGUUCUGGGCAUUUUCCAGCGGAGGAAGGAUGUGUAUUGGCAUGCAUUUGGCAAUGGCAGAAAUGACUACUCUGGUCGCAACCAUUUAUCGAAAAUACAAAACCACGCCAAUGGGAGAUUUCGGUGCCGUCUCUCCUGGUAUCACAGGUCGCUAUGAGGUGUUUUAUGAUGACUCUUGUAGCCGAAUGCGGGAACACGAGUGUCAGAUUGAGUUCACGCCACAUUAA